CGAACCGUGUAAAUCUCAACAAUUUAAAAUAAUUCCAGAGGACCAAUUUGUUUUGGUAAUUUUUCUUUGUUUUUGCAAUGUUUAGCUACAUCUUCAACAGAAUAAAAGUCGACGAAUGACAUUUUAAAAUCUCCGCCCGCCUUCAGCAUAACGCAGGAGCCAAGCACAUGCCAACCUUCGCCUCAGACUAAAGUGAUGGAGCCAGGCCUAAAGUCUGUGUGACAGCGGCCCUGACCAAUAAUAUUCCAAUCCACUGGCAUUUUGCCUUUGUGACAUCACAGAUGUUCUUUUAUAAUCCAAUAGAAUUAACCAAUCCUCAAGCGAGAGGCGGGAAAACAUAAAUCUCAUUUUUAAAGUUAGGUUGAGGCGAAUAAUUUUUCCCAGUGUCCUCUGCUCGCGCUCUUCGCGGCUUUCGUUUGUUCGUCAGAAGCGCAGUGGCCUGUAAUUGAGAAUCAUGCAAGAUCACAUUCAGAAAUCCGGCGGGAGGAACCGCUCCGACAAUACCAGCCCCCGCAAGAGGGAAUACCGUCAGGAGCAAGGCUCGGGGCCCGGCGCCGCCAACAACCACCAUCACCAACAGGCCUCCAGACAUGGCGAGCGGGCCGCCACCGGGCCCGGAAUCACCGUCGACAUGACCAAUUUCCGCAAGCCCGGCGAGAAGACCUACACGCAGCGCUGCCGCCUCUUCGUCGGCAAUUUGCCCAACGAUGUGACCGACGAGGAGUUCAAGAAGAUGUUUGAGAAGUACGGCGAGCCGUCCGAGAUCUUCAUCAACAAGGAUAAAGGUUUCGGCUUCAUCAGACUGGAAACCAGAACCCUGGCAGAAAUUGCCAAGGCAGAACUUGAUGAUACUACACUGAGAGGGAGGCAGAUAAGGAUUCGAUUUGCAACACAUGGUGCUGCUCUCACAGUGAAGAAUCUUCCUCAGUUUGUAUCAAAUGAGUUAUUGGAUGAGGCAUUUUCUAUCUUUGGACCAGUGGAAAGAGCAGUGGUGAUCGUAGAUGACCGUGGGAAACCAACUGGAAAAGGCAUUGUAGAAUUUGCUGCAAAACCUGCUGCACGCAAAGCUUUGGACAGAUGCACAGAUGGUGCAUUCUUGCUGACUGCGUUUCCAAGACCUGUGACUGUUGAACCGUUUGAUCAGUGUGAUGAUGAAGAUGGCCUUCAAGAGAAACUGGUUCAGAAAAACCAACAUUAUCACAAGGAACGAGAGCAGCCACCAAGAUUUGCCCAGCAUGGGACAUUUGAGUAUGAAUAUGCCAUGAGAUGGAAAGCGCUGCUUGAAAUGGAGAAACAACAACAAGAGCAAGUGGACAGAAAUGUGAAAGAAGCACGAGAAAAACUGGAAGUAGAAUUGGAAGCUGCACGUCAUGAGCACCAAGUCAUGCUGAUGAGGCAAGAUUUAAUGAGACGUCAAGAAGAGCUGAGGCGCAUGGAAGAACUACAUAAUCAGGAACUGCAGAAAAGAAAGCAGUUAGAACUGAGGCAAGAAGAAGAACGCAGAAGACGUGAAGAAGAAAUAUUGCUGCGUCAGCGUGAGAAAGAAGAAAUGAUGCGAAGACAACAGGAGGGCUUUCGAGGAAACUUUGAAAAUAGAGAGAAUAUGAGGAUGGAAGAAAUGGCUCAACGUACUGGAAUGGCCAUGCCAGGCAUUCCAGGACUAGCUGCGCCUCCCGUCAAGCUGUUCCAGAACAGUAAGAACGCUGGCACUGAUCCGACAAUGGAAAAUUGCCCAGUGGGACUAACUGCAGCUGAUUUUACAAAUCUGAAAGCAGCUUCUGCAAACCAAGUUCCUCAGCCACUUAUGGGAAUGAACAGACCCACCGUGAAUACUAAUGCACCACCACCUCAAGGUCCUCCUGGAAGCCUGGGAAACCAAAUGCCAGAAAACAACAUUGGAUUGCCUAAUGAUCGAUUUGUUCCUGGAAAUAUGGAUGGUCAAGCAAAUAACAUGGGCGGACCGAUGGUUGGCAGCCCUGCUGGGUUUCCCCGUGGAAAUCAAGUUGGAGAGUUUGGUGCAAACAAACGCCGUAGAUACUAAAUACAGACCUGAAAAAAAAAUACAGUAGCCUUUAGCCAUUCCACUUAAUUGCCUCAAGUAUUUUUGCAGAUUGUAUCAGUUGUAAUGAGCUUUAGUACAUAAGGUCUUUUUGGUAUUUUACUGUUUCAAAUAUUCUUUUAACUUCCUGUUGGAUGUAUUUAGUGAAUGUGCAUGAUAUGUUUCAGUAAUCUAAAAUGUACAUAAUGUAAUGCACAAGUUGCAGAGAAUUUGGACAAAAAGUCUCACUGAGAUGUUACUAUUUUGAUAUUUGUUUAGCUACUCUAGCACCACCUUCAAUGAAACAGUCUUCUGGAACAAUUUUGACUUUUGUGAUUUUUGUUUUUUUUAAAAAGUGAUUUCAGACAGUAAAAUUGGAAUCUCAAAUGGCUUAUGUGUUUUUAUUUUGUAUUGCUGAAGGCUUUAUGUUGAUGUGUUUAGUAUUUUAAAUAUAGUAGAUGGGGGUUGGGGUGAGAAAUGUAGGCAAUAGGUGGGUUUGCAUUUGAGUUUGUUGGAAUGUGGAAUGGGCUUAAGCUUUUUAACAUGAAAUAGACAGAAUUGAGGUUCAUUGACCAUACUAUGCUGUGUUGACUUUUUAAGGAUAUGGUGUCUUCUGUUUCUGGUAGUUCUAAAGCUCAAUAUUUCUAACUACUGACCAUAUCUAACAGGAAUGACUUGUAUUUGUGGGACGGGACAUUUAGAAUUAAAAUUCACCUGAUCCCUGGAAAAUAUGCCUGGCUUGCAGGAAAAUAAAUCAAAUAUAAACCCACCUUUUUGAACUUGAUACCCUCUAGUUUGUUCACGGUUGCUUGGUAUACGUUGCAAUACACGCUUUAAGAUGCAAAUAAAGUUCUCGGCAAUCUUUCCUGUAUUGUAAUGUAUUCAUUUACAGCCCUGAUUUGUUUUUUUGUUAAUACUUAAUGUAAUACUGUUGCUCAUUUCUGAGCAGCAUUUUUAUUCAGUCUUUUGAGAAGUUUGUUAUCUUUGUUCAUCUGAAAAUGAAUCAUUAAAAUCACAGAGUUGGUAGGAAUAUAUUAAGUUUAUUUUAUUUCUAGGUGAAACCAGACUUUCUGUCUUGGAAGUUAUCGCAUAAAGGAAGAAAACUAAGCAAUAGUUUUAUUCAGAAAAUGCCUGUGAUUUUGUAGAUGGUCAGAAUUUUUUUUUCUGUAUCCCAAGCUUAAAUACCACUGAGCAGAGGCAGCUGGCAGGUUGGUCUAUCCAAAACUAAAUUGUUUAAUUUGCAAUAUAGUUCUCUGGUUAAAGAUGUGAAUUUUAAUAGCAAAUGUUUUAUGUAGUUAACAAAAAUAUACUUAAGUCAUUUUAUUUCUGUUGCUCAUCGCCCAUUUUAUGAUAUCUUAUAAACCUAUUGCAUCUUACCUGUAGCACAGUUCUUUGUGAGAGCCUAGAUGGAACGUAUUUAAGUUUAGUGGAUAUAGUUUGAUGCAGGUGGGCUACCAAAGCCAUAUAUAGUGGUGAAAAAUAAUCGUAGGAUCGGAGAUGAGAAUUUUUAAUGUAAAUUUUUAAACUGCCAAAUGGGAUUUUAUUUAAAAUAAAAAAAAGUCAUCAUUGCAGUAAGAUUGAAAACUGGUCGUGUAAUAAUAGACCCAGUGCAAGAACGUCUGUGCUUUCAGAAAUGGGUUAACUCCAUAUGUGGUCUGAAUGUCUUGACUCUAGUUUUUGCCAUGCUUUCCUUUUUGGAAUGAAUUAUUCCAAAGGAAAGGAAAGUUGCUUUCCUUUUCACAACUUAUAUAAUGGAAAUUAUGGGAGCAGAAAGUAAUUCUUUUCCAUUUUUAAACUAUUACUGAUCCAACUCUUUCUCCCACCCCCCCCCCCCCUCCAUUAGUUUAUAAUCUGAUUUUAAGGUGAUCUGUCUACAGUCCUGUCAGCAAGUCUUUCCCAAGGAGUUUGCAUUGUGGAUUGUUCCCAUAAGCAGUCCUUUCAUUACAUAUUAUUUCAAAGACACUUCUUUCCCUACUUUUUUUAUUCAUUACUUGAAGGUUUGGAGAACUCGUAGACAACUGUUCUCUACGUCUUUUUUCCCCAGUGCCUCUGUGCUUUUCCCAGUGCUUCCACUGCAGUUCUAAAUUAGCUUAAUGAAUUAUUCCAAGUUUGUAUGGGAUGUGGAAUGUCAAAUCAAACUAGCCUAUAUAAAACAUUUUUCACAGCCUUGAAGUCACAUGUUUAGGAGCUAGUAAAGUACUUUAAAAGUGUUGUCACCAUCCCAUCUUGUUGCUUAUUUUAAAGUGCACUGACCAGGUGCUUUUUAUGGUUUGAAUAAUUAAUUGCUCAUUUUUAUUUGUCCCGAUAGUGAAGGCUCUUUCAUGUUCUAUAUGUGUGACUUUAUAUGCAUCUAUCUAGUCAUGUUACAAUAAUCUACCAUAUUCUUGUCCACUUACACAAUUGAUGGAAAUCAUUCAGAAGAUCCUGUAUUCUUCUUUUAAGCACUGGCUACCCAUUCAAGCUUGUGCCAUCAGCAUAUGUAAUGGUAUUGAAGAUGCCUGAUUUUAUAAUUUCAAAUAUGUAAUCUAAAGAUGGUUGUUGUCCCAGAUGGAUCAAUAUUGGUCUGCACAUGCUGAUACUCUGUGAAACCAAAUCAUUAAUAAAAUUGUACUAUAAGAUUA